AUACUUGUGAUCUUCUUGACGUAUCUCAUGGUCACUAACUUCUUCUGGAUGUUUGUGGAAGGUCUUUACCUGUAUAUUUUGGCCGUGAAAACCUUCUCAAUAGAGGUUGUGAGAAUGCAAGUGUAUGCUUUAAUCGGAUGGGGUUUACCAGCAGCAAUUGUUGUAUCUUGGGCUUCGGCGAAAGCUUAUUUGGCCCCGCUGUCCAAGGACCCAUUAACAGACGACUGUGUGUGGCAAACAAAAGACAACACUGAUUACAUAUUCAUUUGUCCUGUUAUCGUCGUACUAGUGGUGAACAUUUUCUUCCUCUGCAAAAUCAUGUGGGUUCUGAUAACCAAACUGCGCAUUGCAACUUCAGCAGAGUCGAAACAGUACAGGAAAGCAGCAAAGGCCCUCCUGGUACUGAUUCCUCUGCUGGGUAUGACGUAUGUCUUGGUCAUCGUGACCCCUAGUCAUCGAACGGCAAGAGUUAUCUUUUCCUAUCUGCAAGCUGUUCUUCUCUCUACCCAAGGCUUCACUGUCGCUGUACUGUAUUGCUUUUUGAACGGUGAGGUACAAAAAUCGAUGCGUCAUCUUUGGCGUCGUUGGUCCACACGCCGCACUGUCCACGGCUCCCACCACUCCUCUCAAACAGAGCGGGACAACAACUUGAGGAUGUAUCGAAGUACCAGAGGCACCCAGAAUAGAGGCAGCUGCGUCUCCUUCACGACCACCACCACUAACUGGCAGUCCAACUGCAACCGCUGCGACUGAAAUCAGCUUUAUUACCAUACCAUCUUUAGUUGGACAGAUUCUCUUCAGAAGAAUUUUGCCUGAUUCACUUUACACACUUUUUCACUCUUAUUCAGUUUUUAAACGAUAUACGCAAUGCGUUUACGAAGUUUAAGGACUGAUUUGUUUCAACAAAUUUCAGAGAAGCUCCAAAUCGAUAACUUGGGGCAAUAAUUAGUAACAUAUCUCAGUUUAUUUUCCUUAAAUUAUCAUCCUUUUGUGGAAAGAUAUUUGAAUGCAAUUGUCUGCAGCCAAUUUACGCAGCCAAUCGUUUUCUUUAUGGAUAUAAUCCAUGAGCAGACAGAAGCAAUCAUUCCCUUUCACAGUAUAAAUAUUGCUUCUUUAUUGCAAAGAAAGUAUUACUCUGCACUUGUAAACCAUUUUCUGUUCCCUAAAGUGAAAAUUUUACUUAAAGGGUGCUAUUUUCAACCAGAUUAGGAAUUAAGAAAACCCUUAUUUCGAGACCAAAGAUGAUUCCAAAUCUUAACUGGUGUAAAUCAAUCUAGAACCUCCAGGAAUAUUUCGGAAUGUCAGAAUAUUUCGGAAUUCUCCAAGAAUAUAUAGUAUCACUAUGAGCGUACAAUAGACAUCCUAUUAAACAUAAAUGCAUUAAAUAGGGUUUAUUAUUAGCAGGAAUCCUCUGAAAAUAUUAAAUUUCUUUGUUGCGGAACGUUAAAAAGUAACUCGAUGAUUUUGUUCAGAUUCUGCAGCAAAUAUUAGUCUUCAUUCCCACUUAUAACUCAGUUUCUUCCUUUCUAAUGAAAAUUCUACCUCCGAUAUUUUGUGGUGUGUUCUUUUUGCUUUGAAUACAAAUUUAAUUUCCGUAAUUAAGACAGUAUGUUCUACUGAUUAAGCUGCUUAAAAAUACAAGUAAAUUCUUACUGAUUUUUCAAAUUAAUUCCAAUAUUUUUAUUUCUCUUUGUGUUUUUGACUGUCUUCAGAUAAGCCUGUUGCUUUACUAACCGUACAUGUCUUUCCAAUAUUUUUCCGGUUAAUCGGGAAUACACUAUAUAUGGAAUACACAAUGGUGAAUAUUAAUGUUAAUAUUAAUAUUUUAUUUCGACACGUUUUGCAAAUGCAGUUCUAAAACUUCGUUAACGCACUGUGUAUAUUACGGCAAUUCUGAGAUAGUAUAAUAGUAGAAUUCUUCGCAUGUUUGCAGUUUAUAUAUAUCUUUAAUCUUUAUUAAUUUUGUAUAAGUAGAAUUACCCACUUUGUGACUCGUGAUGUCUCUUCAAAUAUGUGACAUAUGUUGAAAUUUUUGUCUUACUGUUUCUCGCAUUGUGUCGCAUCUCUAAUUAUAGAAAAGCAUUAGAUUUCUUCUGAUAUGCUGUAGUUAUUCAAUAAAUUCCCGAACGGAACUCAGCGCAAAGAAAGACUAGGUGUUAUAACAUCAACAGAUCUUUUAUUUUGUUGCCAUUAUGAUUAACAAAAAAUUAUUAAAAAAAUACUUCUUCCUGCUGUUACGUAGUAUGCCAAAACUGCCAUUCUUUUCAGUUCAACUGGAUGACAUCAGAUUUUUCAUCUCAUCUCGCGGUCUUUCAAUCUUCCGAUUUUUGAAUUUUUAAUUUGUAUGAAUUUAAAUAUAUUCAAACGCAGCUCAAGAAUAAUUCUGAAUCACAUAAUUGAUCAAUUCUUCGAUUUUCGAAGGGAAAGGAAAUGCUAUGAAGAAAAAUUUUGAUUCCAAAAUCUUAAUGAAAAGCUAUUAAGGAAUCUAAGAAAAGGCAAUUAAUGAAAUCUAAAUUACGCAAAUUUCCUUUAUUACCUCCUAGUACCUUUCGGUGUAACUUUUCUGAUUAAUUGUUAUUUUAUCUUAGCUGCAUUAAUCUAAAACAGAAAUUUUCAAGAUUCUCUAUAAUAUAUGGUUAGUAGAUAAAUAUUUUCAUUUAAUUUUGCUUUGAAUUUUCACCACACAGAAGGAGAGUAAACUGCUCGUCAAAAUGAAAGGAUAUUUACAGAAAUAAAACUUAACUGUUAUUAUUUUAAAAUGAUUAAAACAAAUUGUAUUAUUUACAUUGUAUUAUUAAUUGUAUUAUUAAUUGUAUUAUUUUUUUAUUAUUAUUAUCAAAACAAAUUGUAUUGUAAAAGUAUUAUUUAACAUAAAUUGACAUGUUUGCCAGACGACUAAUUUCAAAAUAUCGAAAUUAAAAUCAAAUGUAUGGAAAUUUAUAAAUGAUCAAAAAAUUAUCUCCCUUUCAUAAAAACAUCUUUCUUUAAUAUAGUGUUCGGUUACCUCUGACUUAACUGCAAACCUCCUAUUUUGAUUGCAUACAGUUUACCAAACUCUGUUAAUCAAAUCUUGUAGAACUAACUGCAUGUCAUUCUUCUAUUUGAGAAAAAAAUUCCAAAUUCUAUGUUACAAUUCGGGAGGCAUUUAUUUGGCUCCCUGCAAUUUGGUAGCGUAAGGUAUUUGACAUACGUUUAAUCGGGUUCAGUUCUGGUGCGUAAGCUAGCCAGUUCAUUCGAGUGAUACCUUUUGUUUCCAAGUGUUCUGACGCCAAACAUUCUUGAUAACGGGAGAGCAAUGUCAUCCAUUAGCAACAGCUUGAGGCUGACAUCCCCCUAUGCAGCCUUGUAUGAGUUUCCAAGACCUCGUUUACAUAUCUGAGACGAGUUAACGAACCUGCAUAGAAAUAUCGCUGCGGUAAUUGCCGGACUUCUCUUCUCCAUUAAGUAAUUGUGUGCAAUAUAUAAAUAUUACUUAAUAUAUAAAUAAUAACAUUACUUAAUGCGUAGAAUUCAGUAUUACUUAUGCUUUGACGUAAUGCUGGUAGAUUCUGUAAAGCAUUACUCGCCAUGUAUGAGGAUAUUAUUUUAUUUCUGAUAGUUAUGGAAGAGAUCUGUAGACUUUUUUACAAACUUUCAGCCACUGCAGAGCUGUCAUAACAGAUCAUAUCUGCUUAUAAAUAUUUCAAGAUAUUUUUUUCAUUUUUCUUGGUCUGUAAGACUCCUGUAAUCAGUUUCUGUUUAUAGGGGUUCGAAUUUGUCGCAUUUCUUAUCAUUACAACUUGAUAUGCACUGGUCGAACGAAACGCAUUUUAAAAUUUAACCUUUAGGAAAAAUGUCUUUCAUCAUUACAGUUGAAGAAAACGAUAAUGUUCAAUCUCUAAAAGUUUUUCUGAUAAAAUAAAUUCUCUGCGACAACUCCCGUUUCUCCUCACACAAUCAAAUUUUCCUUUCUUUGAUAAAGAUAUUUCAAGCAAUGCUAUAUUCUUUAAUGAAUAAGCCUAUAUAUGUUCUUUAAUUAAAGAGCGUAACAUAUGUAAGGUAUUCCUCCCGCCUUCCUAGCUAGGCUUCGUGGUGUGGUGGUCAGCACACUGAGCCGGUAUUUCAGAGGUCCGUGGUUCGGUUCCCGGCGAAGGCGUUUGCUCAUUUUUCAUCUUGCCUGCUUCCAAAAAUACCUAAUGUCUCUACACCUUAAGCUUUCUUAGUAAGCAAUGUCAAGUCUUAUUACAAGGCUGUUUCCCUGUUUUUUCACUUUUAUAAUGUUCCCCUUCGCUCAUUCAUUAGCUGAACGUGGUGAGAGCAAUUAAUUGUCUUUCUUCGAUUUCCAGAAAUUAUUUAUUUGGCUCUUUUUUAAGCAGAUAAACCUAAAUCUAUUCUUUGCCACGAAGAUUUCUAAUUCCUAAAUCCUUCUUCAUGAUUUCUGUAAUUUUAAAAAUAUAAUAUCUUUUAACGAGAAAAGUCGAAGUUUGAUGGAAAGGUAUAAAAAUAAGCUUUAAAACUCAAAGUUUCUCUUAGUUGCAUUUUAAAAAUUCAUUUUAUUGAUCAAUGAAAACUUUUUAUAAUAUUUUAACCCUCAUAUGACAGAUACUAUUUACCAAAGCAAACGGUUGUCGGCUUUUCAAUUCUAGAAAUGUUAUUAAAAUCUGCAUUUGAAGAAUAAAUUAAACUGCCUUGAUUUUCUAUUUCGGAUAAAAUAUUAUUUGAGCCAAAAAGGAAACAGUAAAUCGACGAAACCAAAAUGAUAAUAACUGCAAUAAAACCAUCAUAAAAUGAGUCCUUUUUUAUGCAUUCGUUACCUAUUUCCUUGUCCUUUUAUGACGCAUGGAGGAGACAUCUUCAUUAAUGUCCUCACAUAUAUUUCCCCGCUUUUGUGGCUUCAGCCUUCACGAUCUUUUUUCAUAUUUAUAUUUUUCUCAAAAAAUUUCUUAAAUUACCCUUCUUCUCAAAUAAAGUUUGUGAAACUAGACAUUCGUGGCCUGAACUGAUAGAGCAUUCAUUGGCUAUUUUUGUGAUUAAACAAACCCAGCUCAGGUGGCAGAAAAAUGAAGCAGAUUUUUUGAAAAGUGGCAUUUGAUUCUAAUGCAUACGUAACAGAUUCAAAAAGUGAGAAAAGAGAAACUCCUUAAAGAGCAUAAAAUAAUACUUUUUUAAUAAAGUAUCAGUAUGUGUUAUUUUUUUAUAUUGCACCUCAAAGGAGACACAUUAAAGUGUAGUAACGCAUGUACGAUUAGUGUGAAAAAUCUCCCAUUUAAGAUCAGGUUAUUUCUUACUUCAAUAUUACCGGAAAUUUUAGAGAAUAUAUUAUUUAAAUGAUUCAUCUUAUUUACAACAUAUAGAUCCAGUCUACAUAACCACACCAAUACUACACAUUCGCUGAAGUUGUAGAGACAUUAGGUAUUUUUUGGAAGCAGGCAAGUAUGAAAAAUAUGCAACGCCUUCGCCGGGAAUCGAACCACGGACCUCUGGA